AUGUCUCUAGGCGGCGAAGACGUGAGGAAGACGGAAGAGCUCCCCGGCGCGUUCCCGUCUGAGGACGCCAUCACUAAGUCUGAACUCAACAACAGCACCACCACCGCCGCCGCCAGCGGCACGACACCCGCCGGGACACAAGACCACACAAAACAAUACCCCGAGCACGGCCUGGGCGCGCACCAGAACGUCGCCCAAGUAGGCGGCGCCAACAACAGCGGCAUCCCCUCCCAGAGCCAGAACAUCGCGCACACUACCGCAGCGGGCGCCGGGUCCACAGCAAGCCCGGCGGACUCGGACCCAGACCACCUCCUCCGCCGCGCCGGCGCGGAGGGAAAGCCUUCGUCUCAGGCCAUACCGUCCAGCACGCAGCAAGGAACAGGAGGUGCGGUAGGCCGGGGCAGCGCGCAGCCCAGCUCGCUGUCGUCCGCGGCGAACCCGCUGAGCGGGCCUGCGGUGGGUGACGACGAGGCCGCCCUCGGGCCGGAGAACGCGCCGGAUAUCACUGAGGACCUCAAGGCCGUGGGCUCUGGGGCGGCCACUGCGGCCACUGCGGCUGCGAUUGCUGCCAGGGAUGCUGCGAUUGCUGUCAAGGACGCCGCGGCGCCCGUGGUGGGCGCUGCUUCUGAACAGGCCAUGCAAGCCGUUGGUUAUGCCGCGGAGAACGCCGGUCCCGCCGCGAGUGCUGCUUCUGAGCAGGCCAAGAACGCAGCCGUCUACACCAGAGACUCGGCCGUGCCCGCCGCAAACGCGGCAGCAAGCACAGUCCAAGCAAAUGCCCCAGCCGCCCUUGGCGGAGGGACAACAGCGACCAACACAGCUGGCCCACGGGACGUUGUCCCGGAGGUGCCAGGUCAGGUGAAGAGCUCGCUCGCCGAGGCAGGCGAGGCUCCCGAGGCGGCUGCCAGCAGGCGCGCCGUACAAGGCAAGGGGCAGUUUGAGGGCGAGCUGCUGGGGUACGCGGCCGAGCUUGACGCUGACGAGGCGAGGCGCCAACAGCAGCUGCAGUCCGCGCAGCAGCAGCAGCAGCAACAGAAGCCGCUGAGGCCGCCGCCGGCGGGCGUGCUGCCGAGGCUGGACUCGGGCCCGCAGACGCCCAGCACGGGCGUUGCCGUCGUCAUGGGGACCGACACCGAGCGGUCGUUCCCGCUUGGGUCGCACCCCGUUCAUGCUGGAGACGGCGGCGAGCAGGCGGCACAGUCCGGGCCAGUUGCCACGGACGGUGUGCAGACGAGCAAGGUCCCGCAGACGAGCUCGGGCGACAAUAACAGGGAGUCUGCAGCGCGGCGGCACUCACCGCCUGUGGAAGACAAGAUGCCUGUGCGCAGGGGCGAGGAGGAGGCUGUCGGCAACGGGCCGGAUGCCUGCAAGAAGCUGAGCUCUGGUACGCCGAGCGGUGUUGGGCAGUGA